AUGGCGCUCCCCACCGGUCACAACAACAACCUGAUCGAGCUCGCCGCCACUAGGAGCCUCCUCAACAGCAACUGCAGCUCCGGGGAGAUGAAAUGGUCAGCAAACGAUGCGGCGCUCAAGAUGUUCUUUGCCCUCAUCAUCCUGCUGGGUGCCCCCGGCAACGGCGCCGUCAUCUGGGUGACAGGCUUCAACACGGAGAGGAGCGUAUACACGGUGUGUUUCCUCAACCUGGCGGUGGCCGACCUUACUUACUGCCUCACCCUCCCCAGCCUGCUGGCCUACAGCUGCCUGUCAGAUCACUCCUCCAGUAACACUUUCUGGAGAUUUCUCCGAUGGAUCUUCAAAUUCCACAUGUCCACCAUUGCUCUGUUGUUAACCCUGAUCAGCAUCGUGCGGUGCCUGGCCAUCACUCGGCCUGUCUGGUUUCAUUACCACAAGGGCCUGGUUUGGGUGCGUGCGGCCUGCUUCGGGGCCUGGGGCCUGGCCUUCCUCCUUUGCCUGCCUGAACUCUUGCAUUUCUCCACUGAGUCGUAUUCGACGAAGGAGACCGAGGUUGCGUUGGAGAUAACUGGGAACAUCCUCUCCUUCGGCCCCCCUCUCCUGAUCAUGGCCUUGUGCUACCUUCUGAUUGCCCGGAAGCUGAAGGGGAAAACGUUCGCCAAACACAGGUACCUCGUUCAUCUCAUCAUUACAAUGGUUUCCGUUUUUAUUGUCUGCUGGCUCCCCGUCACUGUUUGCGACACUCUCUGGAAAUUAUCAAUAUGCAUUUCCCUUAAGUCUUUGUACAUCACUUUAUCCUUGGCCUCCUUGAACGGUGUCUUCAACCCCCUUAUCUACGUCUUCUCAGGCCGCGACUUCCGCCAGGUCUUCAGGCGUUCCCUGGCCGCCACUCUCCGUCUGGUCUUUGCCGAGGAGAAGAUGGAAUUGACGACCGAUCCUCCCAUCCGCACGGUUUCUGCAGAGAUAACAAGCUGA